AUAGUAAGUAGAUAUUCUUGAAGCCAAGUUGGCGUUUCUCUCUCUUUCUCUGAGCUUUUUUUUUUGUUUUUUUUAACAUCACCAUUGGUAAACAGAGCGAGGUUCAUACAUUCUAGUUGCUGCGGAAUUGCCACACGUUCUAGUUCUAGUUCUAGUUCUAGAACAUGACAACAUUCCAUGUUGUGUUUUAGUAAAAAAGAAGGAAGCUGCGCGUCGAUUGAGCUGUUUUACGCAAAUCAAGCAAACAAAAUCUAUGAAAAGUUUGUCAUUUUACGCGCAGCUCUGUCACAAGGUUCUUUUUUUAUUGUUAAAUGCUGAACCCUGUCUGAGAGGCUGCUGCUACAUGACUGCUGCUGUGUUGAUGGUGACAUGAGUCAGAGAGAGAAUCAAAUAGUGAAAUUCAACAGCGACUUGGUGAUGAUGGAGUGAUACAUCUCGGUGCGUAUUUGUGUCCAACCUCUGAUCUAACAUUACUGGAAGAGAACAGGGUGACUGGAAUAAAAUCAUAAGGCGCUGCAGCUCCAUACUGAAGUGUUUAAGUUAGUCUGAGGGGAAAUUUAAAAGACCUAAAAAUACAGCGUUGGUUUUCUUCCCCCUACAAAAGACUCAUUUGAACUUCCCACCGCAGAGCGAGAGCGACAUAAAUAGUUUCUGACAUGUGGAUGUAAUUUCAGAAGAGCUGAGGGGAAAAAAAGACAGAUGCAGCAGAGAAAUAAAGAGAGGAGAGCGGGCUGAGCCAUGACCAUAUAGUAGCAGAUUAUAGGACAUUUAAUCGAGGGCAGAGCGAGGGCGAUUAUAUACAGAGUUAUGAUUUCACAAGCCAACGAAAUAAGCAUCAUCGAGAAGCCAGAUGGAGUGAAAAAAGGCGCACAAGUCGCUCCACUUUGAAGAAGAGUUAAGUAGAUAAAAAAAUCAUUUCAUCUGCAUCAUCAUCAAGGACUCUUUGGAGGAGGUAGAGUUGCCUCAGAGGUCAGGGAUGGGAUCCGCUCUGCUGCUCCACAAUCUGGACCUCCUUCUCAUCUCACUACUCAGCGGUUUAUACCUGGCUUACGCAGACGAUGUGCUUACGAAAGACGAACAGAUAGGCCUGUUGUUCAGAGCCAAACGGAAGUGUGAGGGGAACAUCAAGUCAAAGCACAAGGUUCCUGAUGGUUUCUGCUCACCAGAAUGGGACGGCAUUGUUUGUUGGCCUGAGGGGCCUCCGGGAAAGCUUGUAUCCACCGCCUGUCCAGAGUAUAUCCAUGACUUCAACCAUAAAGGACUAGCAUACCGUCGGUGUGACAACAACGGGACGUGGGAGCUGGCCACGGUCAACAAGACAUGGGCCAAUUAUAACGAAUGUGCAAAAUUCCUCUACCAUUACAACCACAGCCAUGAAAAGGACGUCUUUCACCGCCUGUAUCUCAUCUACACGGUCGGCUACUCCAUCUCUCUGGGUUCACUCAUGGUGGCUGUCGUCAUCUUGGGAUAUUUCCGGCGAUUGCACUGCACCAGGAACUACAUCCACAUGCACCUAUUUGUGUCCUACAUGCUAAGAGCUAUCAGUAUUUUUGUGAAAGAUGUCGUGCUCUACUCUGGAUCGGCCUUAGAGAACAUGGAAAGAGUCACAGUGGAAGACCUCAAGUCCAUCACCGAGGCUCCGCCAGCCAGCAAAACACAGUUCAUCGGCUGCAAGGUGGUCGUGACCUUGUUCUUGUACUUCCUGGCGACCAACUACUACUGGAUCCUCGUGGAGGGGCUGUACCUCCACAGCCUCAUCUUCAUGACCUUCUUUUCCGACAGAAAGUAUCUGUGGGGAUUCACUCUGAUUGGAUGGGGAGUACCAGCUAUGGUUGUGACAGUUUGGGCAACUAUGAGAGCCAUGUUUGCAGACACAGAGUGCUGGGACUUAAGUGCAGGCAAUUUGAAAUGGAUCUAUCAAGUGCCUAUCCUGGCAGCUAUAGUGGUUAAUUUUAUGUUAUUUCUGAACAUCAUCAGAGUGUUGGCAACUAAACUACGCGAAACAAAUGCUGGAAGGUGUGACACGAGACAACAGUACAGAAAACUAUUGAAAUCCACGUUGGUGCUGAUGCCACUCUUUGGUGUCCACUACAUCAUAUUCCACGCCAUGCCGUACACAGAGGUGUCUGGAUUUCCGUGGCUGAUACAGAUGCACUAUGAGAUGCUGUUCAACUCCUUCCAGGGAUUCUUAGUUGCAAUUAUAUACUGCUUUUGCAACGGGGAGGUGCAAGCUGAGAUCAAAAAGUCCUGGAGCAGGAGGACUCUGGCACUGGACUUCAAAAGAAAAGCUCGGAGCGGCAGCAACACGUACAGCUAUGGACCUAUGGUGUCACACACCAGCGUUACCAACGUCACCGCCAGAGGCCCGCUGGCCCUCCACCUCACCACGAGGCUGGGACCGGUGCCCGUGAACGGCCACAGGAACCUCCCCGGGUACGUGAAGAACGGCUCCGUCUCCGAGAACUCGAUACCCUCAUCGGGACAGGAGCUUCACGUUCCCGAUGAGGAGCAUUCUGCUCACACACGGCCCUGCGAGAACGAGAAACCCUCACCUGUGGUGGAGGAGGAGAGGGAGACAGUCAUGUGACCUCCAGGCCGCUGUGUAUAGGGAUGAAAACUGGAAAUCAGUCUCAGGAUGGUCUGAAGGGGAUGGCUGCAUGCAUCAACACUGCCAGUUUUUUUUUCUCCUGUGAAUGAAGCCAGGACAUUGCCGACAGAUGAGGCUCAUGGCGAAAAGGGUGUUUCGCGUUUGUGAGCUCGGCCACCUUUAUUUGAGGGAUGAUGACCCUCAUUGUGGCAAAACACUCUUCAUCAACCACCUGCCACAGUGAAUGUGUAAAAGGAUGAAAACAGACUACCGUUUCUUAUUUCUUUUCCACUGCCAUAACUCUUGUUUUCUGUUUGCUUUUUUUUGUCUUGUGCUCAGCGUUUGUGCAUAAAUCAAACUGGGGUUAGUUACAGUAGUUGCCAGGAACAGCCUUAAUCACCUACUGUAUGUAAAGCCGGGUGGAUUUUGAGUGCACUUAAGUGACGCAUUUGUGGGCAAUUUCAUCAGCAAGUUUUGGGAUUAAGUCAGCGUGAGUAGACUAAGUGUAGGUUUAGCUUAAAAAAAAAAAAUCAAUGCUACUACUUUGAGGCAUUUGUUCAUGCUUGGCAGGCAUGGUUUCUCACUUGUUCUGCAUUGACUUAAAUCCACUUCAGUUUAAAAGGGAAGGUACUCAGGUAAUUGAAGUCCUCUGUUGUUGCACACCUAUUUUUAUACUUUUUAAAGUGGUGUUUUAACAUGGUCAGCAUUUUUCUGAGGGCGUUGGUAUGUCAUAUAAGGCUGUGUUUUCAAAAUGUUGUACAGUUUCUGCUGUUUAGAAAAACCCAGUAUUCAUCUCUCUUAAUUACAACGGAUUUCGAAGAGUUCAAACGAAUGUUUCAUAUUCAAAUUCUCUGGAUGCUAAAGUAGGAAUAUUUCUGUCUCUCUCUCUCACGUUAGUGGAGGUAAAGAAGAACUUUAUGGAAAUCUGACAAAAAUGGUAUCAUAUGUCCCCACAAGACCCCAUUUCAAAACACAGGGUGCAGGAAACGGUCAUAUAUUCCAGUGGAAAGUUUAACGAUUAAAUGACGAUUCCAAGAAAAUCUCAUAUUGUGCUGGAAUUCCAAGAGUGACAUUUUGUGGUGGAUAUGAAGGAAAACCCAGAAAUGAAUAACACACAGUACUUUUUACAGAUGCUCCAGUGUAAUGCUGCUUUUUGAUGUGUAUAUAAGUCACAAUGUUUACAAAGAUCAGAAAUACAUUCUAAUUGUGAGCUAAUAGUGUUCAUGUGUAUGGAUAUGUUAUAAAGCUAUGUUUUGUUUAUUUCAUGUGUUUGUUUACGGAAUGUUUGCAAUAUUUGGUUAUGUAUAUAGCCCCAAACAAAAACUGGUGACGGAGGGCAUUCAAACUAGCAUUUACUGAAGCAUUCCACAAGAUGUUUUAAACUCUGUAACUUGUAAUUUACUGCACUUAACCUGCACAGAUUGCAGGUUAAGUGACAUUGUCUGUUCUACCAAAGAGAAAAGGCGGGAUACGCUGCGAGAGAAAAGGUUAUAUUGCAGUAGUUCUUUGUAUUUUCAUCCACCGUGUUGCUUACAGUGACCAAAAAGUCUUAAAGUUGCAGUAAAAUCACCCUCCCUCUCUCUAAAAAAAAAAAAAAAAAGUAUAUGCUACUGGUAGUUAGUGUAGGAAAAUGUCAAUAUAAAAGUGUUGAAAUAGAGAAGCUGCCUACAGAGAUUGAAGUUUCUUUCUAUAAAUACUCAGUUUCAUGUUAACAGCAGUAAAGCAAAUGAGAAAAGCAUUCACAACACUCAGUAGCUUAGUAACAAUUAACAAGACCAUUCAUAUUAAAGGCAGUUUUGUGGCUCGACUUGGAUUUCGGUCUCAAGUGCUACAUUAGUCACUAUUUUGUUUGGACUAAUAUUUCUGACGGAUUUGUGAUUUAGAUCCAAUUCAGCUAAAUGGAGAAUUACCUCACAUUAAUUUGAAUAUGUUACCAAAGCUAAUAUUUGCUCUUGUACGCAGGGUUAUCCCACAUUUCUUUACGUUCCACCAUUUGAUGGCGACAAGCUCUCUUGUCCCUCCUACUGUUGUGUUCUUUUGGUGACUUCACAUUGCCUGAAUUAUGCUCCCAAUUCCUUGAUACCCAGUUUUUCUCCACCUGAUGCUAUAGAUCUAUUGAAGUGUGUGCUUUGACUCAGUUUUGAAAGAUUAAAGCCUGAUCAGUUCCAGGUUGUACAGUUCAAUCCAGCAGAUGUAUACUGCAUCUUAAACAACAGAUAGCCCUCAAGUUAAAUCAGACAACUUUACAAACCGUCUCCACUGUUUUACCGUUAAGCAAAUGUUUAUAGGAUAAAUAUGGUAAUAUCCUAUAUUUAUCUUAUGGUCAACAAAUCCCAUGAAAAUACCAAAACCAACAAUGGACUGACUUCUACAGAAAGUAUCGUCUAAUACAGCUUAUUCCUCUGUGCCAUAUACCUCUAUCGUCGCCCAAAAACUAUUAAAAACACAGUAUGAAGGCACACUGUUGUACUGGGUGACAUUUCACUUCAUUACGAUGAACGUGGGCACUGUAGUUUAUUUUGAAUCAACUCCUCCUGGGUCCUGGGUCUGUAAAUACUCACUAGUUAACGAAAAUGUAUAAUAAUCCGCCGCUGAAAAUAGUCCCCAGCAAAUGCGCCAUUUACUCAUGUUCGAGUAACGUUUCCUAAAAGCUACAGUGCCCUGCUUCUUAUUGGAUUCAUGUAGGCUUUAAAAAAAAUUAACUACACACCAUGACCUGGUUUUAAAGAUUUGGAAACAAAUGAGGUUUCAAAUAAGAGACAAAGACAGGAAAGUCCUGAGAGAUGGACUAACACAUUGAUGGUUUUGGGUCUUUUCAUGGUAUUUCUUGGCAAAAAGAAAAAUGUAGAACAUAUAUUUUUAUUGUAACUAACAAUUAGCAGUGUAAGUCUAAGAAGUGCAUUUUGGGCUUUCAGUGACUCAGAUUCGACCCAACUUGAACAUUUCCGUGGGGAUCAGUCAAUAUUACGACUUGAGGUUGAGUGUAUUCGCUAUAACAUUAAUUACAGGUGGCUGCAGGCCACAGUGAUGGAAACGGGAAAAGACUGAGGUGGGGGGAAACCUUUGUCACUUGAUAAUACAGUGUCUUAAUGUCUCUAAAGUUUCUUUCAUAGCUAAUAUUUAUUGCAUCUCUCACAACUCUGGAAAUGUUAUUCUGAAUUUGUACCCCAUUCAGGAAUAUAGAUGUACAACAUAAAGAAAAUGUGUGGUUGUUAAAAUUUAAUCUGGCUUUCCACUAAUUGCCACUGGGCGUGUAAACAUUAUGUUACUUUUGUGUAAGACAGUUUUUAUUAAAAAAGCGGCUGGUAUCACAACAUGAAAAUCAUUUAUAAAAAAAAAAGGUGGAAAAUUAUAUUUGAGCACUUUAAUACCCUAUAAUCCAGUAUUUUGUUCUGAUUGUAUCAUGUAAAAUGAUUGUGUUUUGGAAUCAAGUGUACAAUAAGGCCAAUCAUCAUAGAGCUAAUGUUGUAAUUCAUUGUUUUCAAAUACCUCUCAUGGAAGUAUA